AUGGAAAUCCUACUUUCAAUCGGGGCGGGCGUCGCUCUGCGCGUCGUGCUCAACGUUGCAACAAGCAAUGAUCACAAACUCAUAGGCAUACUCAUCGGACUCUGGGAAGGUGUCGUGCUCUCCCACUUCCUCUCAAAGCGUACCCGUUCCUCGAGGUCAAAAGACCCAUACCUUGCCCUUGCUACGCGCAUGGCAAUUGACCUUUACCUCUCACACUCGCUUUCUCGGUUCGCCCUCACAUGCGCGUGGACGCUGGUCGGG